UGUACGGUUACAUCGCGCACUUGCGGGAAAUUUGUGUGUAAUUAUGUACAUAGCUGUUGUCUGAAGACACGCGCCGCAGUAUUUGUGGCUGUGUGCUUCGACACAAGUUCCUUCCUUCAAGUUUAGCGCCGCUGGUCACUGUACAUGUAUACCGAACAUUGUCCCGAGUAAUCACUACCAUAAAAACCAACCUGACAAUCCUCGUUCAAAUUCAAUCCACUUUUCAAGGUCAUGUCAUCUCCUAGCAAUUCCAACCCUCAGUUUAGUGAUGCAUCGUCUGUGUCCACUUCGGACACAUCAUCUCUUCGUGAACGAGGAGUCUAUGAAGCGUCCGGCGAUGACGACUCAUCUGUCUUUACUGUGAUAGGAGAUUUGGACACCACCGUGACUCCUAGCCCUGUGGGUUCUCAAACAGACUUGUCAGGUUCUUUAGAACAAAGCAUGUCUGAGGCCCGUCUUCGUCAACUAUACGAUGAGGAAGAGAUUGAACGUUAUCUCCACUUGUUUUCUGCUUAUGUGACGGAGGUGAGACUACCAGGUGCUUUGCGUAGCAUCAAGGCCAAGCCAUCAAGUAGCUCUCUCCACCUUCCCCAGUUACCAACACCACCCCCACUCCCUCCACGACCAUUUGCUCGUAAUAUCUCUGAACAAACAGAGCCGCCUACACUUCUUCCAUCCACUAUUCCUCCAGGACAAGCGGAUCCCUCCUGGUCCGAACAUAUUGCCAUCAAAUAUAUACUACCAGCUCUUCCACCGAUGCCUCAUCCGCCACCAUCCUUCUCUUUAAAGCGUCUGAAACUUACUAGCCAGCGUUUUUUCCUCGCAGUAGUUCCUCCUUACCAGACUUUCUUCCUCUCCAUGGCAAAUUUAGCGUUAUGGAAGGACCCACAACGUAGCGGGCUAUAUUGCGCGGCGUUCUGGGGACUAUGGUUGUAUGAUCUCCUUCUUCCGGCGAUAAUGUUUGGAAUUUUGUGGGAGAUGCUUAGCCGGAGACUUCUCCCGUAUCCCACUUUAGAAUCUUUACAGAUGCGGAGAAAAGAUUCCGAACGUGCUAGGGAGUUCGGAGACGAAGUUCAGGAACGCCUAUCGGCACCUUCACUGGGACCCAAGGAUAUAUUUCAGUUCCUCAAAUCUCACAGAUCUGCAGCAAAAAGUAAAACCAAAACCCUUCCCAAGGACACAGGGGUGCUUCAAACGAGUUUAAAUGGCGAUGGUGGCGAGGAUGAAGUGGCUACUGUUCUCGAUGGUGAUACCCAAGAAGAGCAAGACAUCAAACGAGAACUCCUGCACGCUCUCAAUACUGUCGCUGAUAUUCACGAACGUAUUAAAAACGUCUUCAUCUGGAGACGACCAGCAGUCUCCCGAAGAUAUGCAAUCAUUUUGGCUGUUGUAGCCUGCUGCACCUUGAUCAUUCCCGCGCAUUACCUAGCAAAACUUGUAUAUGGCAGUUGCGGGUUAUUGUUCUGGCAUGUCACUCCUGUGUUAGCCGCUCUACCACCAGGCGCUCGAGCCAGACUGCCCGGUCCGUUGACUGAUGCCCCCACCGAUGCCGACUAUGCUAUAGAAAUCAUUACACAAAGGAUUGCCAGGGGUGAAGAAAUCAAGCCUCCGCGCAAGCCUCAUUCUUCGAGUCCUCGUGCUAAUAGCACAAACGAAGCCGAUCUUUCGGCGAUCUCGACUCCCGACGCAUCAUCCAGAAGCCAAAUGCAAACUAAUGAUGGCGUUGAUUGGAAGAAGUGGGGAUCACGUAUCGCGCACGGCAAGUCACUGCUCAGUGAAGGCAAACAACGCUUUUCUUCUGGACAAGUGAAUACGAUCGGUCUGACGUCCGCAACUUUACGAGAUGAAGACACACAUACAUACCCUGCACACCACACUUCAGCGCCUGGUCUAAUCACACUGACCACUACUACAGUAUACUUCACGACACUCGCAUCACAACAAGCCAAAUUAAUUAUACCUCGCGGAAACCUCUGUGGCGUGAAGAAAACCGGUUUGAUGAAAGGGCUUCUGAUUUCCUGGUUUGACGGCGAAGAAGGUCACGGAAAAGAAAUAGAAGAGAAGUUCCACUGGGUCGGCAAUCGAGAUGAGCUUUUCGCGCGCCUUCUUGGCCCAGAUGGUGCCCGAUGGAUGCGAAUCUGAAGCUCGAGAGUCGACGCGUCAGUGGCUGAAUUAAAACUCAGAGAGCUCCGCGCAAAGGACCAUACCAUGAACGACAUACGCUUCCCCCCUCCUUCAUAAUUUAUUCGGUCUCUUUUCCUCUAUCCGUU